GAUCACAAUACUUAUAUUAAGUGUAAGUAUAUCACUCUUCUGUUCAGUCAACCAUUUCUGUUAAACCCCAUUUCUAAGUCAUGCUAAGAGUCCUCAACGAAAAGCUGAAGCGCCUCUGUUUUAGUCUCCGGUGGCCAAUACGCUGCCGUUCAAAGAGCAAAAUCAAAAUUACUGUGAAAAAACUGGGAAAAUCCAAUUCAAGUUCUCAUUCUCAAAUUGAUCCAUCAAAUUCAAAUGGGUCUGCAGCAAUUCAUCCCAGUAAUGGCGAAUUGAAUCGUUCUGAAACUGGACGAACAAUACGCGUAGCUACAUUUAAUGCUGCCCUUUUCUCCAUGGCACCGGCACUCCCAAAGAGUAGUACUGAUAGAUCAGCUAGUUUUGAUUUUGAAAAUGACGAUUUUUCAAAUUCAAAAGCUAGUAAAAUGAGUGAUUACUAUAAUUUAAGAGUGAAAUCAGCGAAUGAUCGGCCUAAGAGUAUACUCAAACAAUCUCCUCUUCAUCCAACGAAAGAAACGGAUACGCUUUUGUUGAAAAGACAAAGUUUCUCGAAAUCGAAGUUAAGGGUUUCGAUUAAUUUACCAGAUAAUGAAAUAUCUCUGAAGAAAAGUGGGCAAUUGAGGAUUUUGGGAUGUGAUAGUGAGAGGUAUUCGGGGAGUGGGAUAUGUAGAGGAAAAGCUCCGUUAAGGUCUACUGUGAGUAUGCCUCGGAUUGAUUGUCAGAGUUAUAGAAUUACGAGAAGUGUUCUUGAAGUUUUGAGAGAAUUGAAUGCCGAUAUUUUGGCUUUGCAAGAUGUUAAAGCAGAGGAGGAGAAAGGUAUGAAGCCGUUAUCAGAUUUGGCUGAUGCUUUAGGGAUGAAUUAUGUUUUUGCAGAGAGUUGGGCACCUGAGUAUGGUAAUGCUAUUUUGUCAAAAUGGCCAAUCAAGUCCUGGAAUAUUCAAAAAAUCUUUGAUGACUCUGACUUCAGAAAUGUUCUGAAGGCAACAAUUGACGUUCCUCGAGUUGGAGAGUUAAAUUUCUUCUGUACACACCUUGAUCACUUGGAUGAGAAUUGGCGAAUGAAGCAGAUAAAUGCAAUAAUCCAAUCAUCUGAUAAGCCACACAUUUUAGCCGGGGGUCUAAAUUCUCUUGACGAAACAGAUUACUCUACAGAAAGAUGGACAGAAAUUGUAAAGUAUUAUGAAGAGAUGGGAAAGCCAAUACCAAAGUUCGAAGUAAUGAAGUAUUUGAAGAGUAAAGAAUAUACAGAUGCUAAGGAUUUUGCUGGGGAAUGCGAGUCUGUUGUCAUGAUUGCCAAAGGACAGAGCGUGCAAGGAACGUGCAAGUAUGGAACACGAGUGGAUUACGUACUUUCAUCAUCCGAUUCACCAUACAAGUUUGUUCCAGGAUCAUACUCGGUUUUCUCCUCGAAAGGAACAUCUGAUCACCACAUAGUGAAAGUUGAUUUGGUAAAAGUAGAUACUGUUCCUCACGAAUACAUCAACAAGAAAAGGCGGGAUUCAAAACAUAAAGUAGUCAGGAUUACUCAUUCAAAUCCAAACAAGGGUGUAUGGAAAAUAGACACAUGAAAAUUAAACAUAGGCAGAUUGUUAAUUAUUGUGAUUGAUGUAUGGCUUUAUGCUUUCUUCUCUGUUCUUUGUAAAGAAAGAUAUCUUUUAGGGUGGGAAAAGUGUUGUUUCCACUUCAUUACACCUUGCUUUAGAAAGCAAGAUGCAAAAGGAAUAGAUGACAUAAUUUAUAUGACAGAUCUUGUAAUUGAACAA